AUGGGAUCUAAAUCCUUGGAUUCGGGUACACAUAGAAGACCCUCGGCGUAUAAUGAUUUCCAGCAUGCCCAGGUAACCUCUGUGCUUGCGGAUGGCGACGUGCCAUAUGCAGACCAUGAACUGGACGCCGAUGAGCGAGUGAUUAUGGCCCUGGGUUAUAAACAAGAGUUCAAACGUGAAUUCUCCCUGUGGACAACCUUUUGUGUCAGCUUUGCUGUCCUGGGAUUGCUUCCCUCUUUUGCGAGUACAAUGUAUUAUGGGCUGGGAUAUGCAGGUACAGCAGGUAUGGUUUGGGGCUGGCUCAUUGCUAUGGUCUUCAUCCAGUGUAUUGCUAUGUCAAUGGCCGAGCUGUGCUCGGCUAUGCCCACCAGUGGUGGACUCUAUUAUGCUGCUGCCGUCCUUGCGCCUCCUGGUUGGGGCCCUUUCGCUGCUUGGCUUACAGGAUGGUCAAACUGGAUCGGUCAAAUCACCGCAGCUCCCUCAGUCGACUAUGCGCUGGCCGCAAUGAUUCUAGCUGCUGGUUCAAUAACCAAUCCUAGCUAUGUCCCACAAAACUGGCAGAUCUACCUCCUCACCGUUUUGAUCAUGAUCAUCCAUACCGUUAUCAGCAGUCUUCCCACCAAGCGAGUCGCCCAGUUCAACUCCUGGGGCUCGACAUUCAAUGUCCUCGCCCUUGUGGUGACUCUCAUCGUCAUUCCUGCAGCUGCAAAGAACAGUCCCAAAUUCACCUCAUCUCAUGAGGUCUGGAGCCACAUCACGAACCAAACAGAUUUCCCCGAUGGUGUUGCCGUCCUCAUGACCUUUGUUGCUGUGAUUUGGACCAUGUCAGGCUAUGACUCGCCCUUUCAUCUGAGCGAGGAAUGCUCCAAUGCUAAUGUCGCCUCUCCACGCGCUAUUGUCAUGACUUCUGGUGUGGGUGGUGUUAUGGGUUGGUUCCUGCAACUAGUAGUUGCCUACACCGUGACCGAUAUCGAAGCCGUUAUCGAUUCUGAACUCGGACAGCCGUGGGCAUCAUACUUGCUACAAGUUCUGCCACAGAAGGCUGCGCUAGGUAUUCUUUGUCUGACUAUUAUUUGUGGGUUCUCUAUGGGUCAGGGUUGUAUGGUUGCUGCUUCUCGUGUGACAUAUGCCUAUGCUCGCGAUGAUUGUUUCCCAUUUUCAAAUUACUGGAAGCAGGUCAACUCAUACACACAGACACCCGUUAACGCUGUGGUUCUCAAUUCUGUCCUUGGAAUCUUCAUGUGCCUAUUGAUUUUGGCUGGAACCACUGCCAUCGGUGCUUUGUUCUCUAUCGGUGCCAUUGCUCAGUUCGUUGCCUUCAUUAUUCCUAUCUUCAUUCGUGUCUUCUUUGUCGGUCACCGUUUCCGCAAGGGACCCUGGAACCUUGGUCGUUAUGGGCCUUUCAUUGGUGGUAUGGGAGUCGUUUUUGUUGCUCUCAUGGUGCCUAUUUUGUGCUUGCCCAGCGUCACAAAAGGAGACCUUACCCCAGAUCUGAUGAACUGGACUUGUCUUGUGUAUGGUGGACCGAUGCUCGUUGUUCUGAUCUGGUGGUUUGUUGAUGCCCAUAAGUGGUUCACUGGUCCGAAGGUCAAUGUGGAGCAUGCGAUUCACCAUAUCCAUGAUGAGCCAGAAAUCAAUGAGGGUGUGGAUCCUACCCCUGCUCAGGAAGUGGAGGCAACGAAGGGGUCAGAUAAGUCUGAUGAUACUCUUCCAAAGUAG